AUGACAUCAACGAAACCUGCCGGCCAAGCAGCGGUGCCUCGUAAGAGCAUGAAUGGUAGCGUCCCCAAGAGCCAACACAGGAAAAAGAAGAAGACGCCACCGUCGUCGUCAUCGUCGUCGUCCAAGGGCAAUAGUCCUGGCAAAGAGACUGUUGUUCCCGUCGGUCCGCGACAUGUGAAUCCACCCCCUGUUUCUGGUCCAUGGGGCAACCCCGACCCCUCGGCAACCAGUGUGCCGCCCCCAGGGUUUCUGUCCAGUCCUGUUGACUCGACCAGUGCGGACUUUAGUGAUGCCCACGUCCGUCUCCUCCGCCACCGCGCGCUAUUUGCGUUCCGUUUCUUAGUGGGCAAAGCCGUUGAGCUGCGACUCGUGGCGCCGGACGAGCGCUACGCCGGCAUCUUGGACUGCAUCGACCCAGACGACUUUUCUGUCGUGCUCAAGAACGCCAGGCGACUCGCGAGUCCAGAUAGCGCCGUCACGCGGCCGUUUGCUGAUGGCAGUACCGUGAUUUUCCGCCGCCACCAGCUGGCGCACAUGGUCGCAGACGGGGCAGUCGACGAAGCCGACAGCAGUCAGUUUGUUGCCUCUAGUGGCUCGUGUGGCUCGUUUUGUACCGACACGGAGAUCAGUGGGACAACACACGAGCACCUGAUUGGUCGACAGCUGGAAACCGCCAGCGCGUGGCUCGACCCGGCUCUUGACACGGACGCACUCGAAGAUGGUGCAAUGCCGGGGCUCGACUCCCGCAGGAACCAAAUAAGAGCCUGGAACCAGUUUGAAGCGAACGAGAAGCUCUUUGGCGUCGUCUCGUCGUACGACGAAUCUAUUUAUACCACGAAGCUGGACAAGUCGAAGAUCUCGAGCAAACAGGCGCGGGCCGCUGCGACGCUCGCGCGGGAGAUUGAGCAGCAGACAGCAGUAGGCAACUUUCAUCUGCAAGAAGAGCGCGGCCAGUGGCGACGGGGCGGGCAGCAGCUUAUGGACGUGGACGAAGAGGCGCGGUACAGCUCUGUGGACCGUCGUGGACCUCGGGAAAACGCGAGUGGCGGUGGGACUGUUUACGUGCCGCCCGCACUAAGGAAAGCGGGAAGCGCACAAGGUCAAUCGAGUGGCGACGAGGUGCAAGAAGCUAAAGGGCCUGGGGUAGGACCGAGUGCUACGGCGCCCGUGGCUUGUCUGACGGAAGAGGCUGCGUCGUCUGCUCCUGCUGCUUCUGCGGGGACUGGUGAUGCACCGAAACCCCUUUCUUUUAGUGAAGCUGUUACUGGUCGAUCUGCACCUGCUGCUGCUACGGCUGCAGUGGUCUUGAAAGACGAGCUGGAUGAGAAGAAAGAGAUUGGUGCUUGUCCGCAGGAUGCGGUAGUGUCUAUACCGGUAAAUAGUCCAGACAGCAAGGUCGCUGUGGUUAAGGUGAAGGGAGCUGGCUUGAAGAAGAAGGAAUCAGCUGGCAGAAAUGAGAAGAAGACGGAGACAAAGAUGGACUACAAGGCUGAGAGUAGCAAGCCGGAGUCCUCAUGUUUGACGACGACGACGGUGACCAGCACCACAACAACUACACGGAAGGUGGCGAAAGACGAGACAUUGAAGGCUGUAUCGAAGAAGGGAUUGAAUCUGAAUGCCAAGGAGUUCAAGCUAAGUGCCUCGGCAGCCGAGUUCACGCCUAGUUUCUCAGUGGCUCCAGUUAUAAGAGGACAUGGGACGUCGCCUUACCGCGGUGGCUCACUAGGUCAUAUGCCUUACCUGCAUCCUGCAAUGGGGUAUCCCCCGCAGAUGCAAGAGGAAUGGAUGUAUGAUGGUGCUAUGAGUGUCGAAGAAGGUGGUGGUGAGAUGGGCAUGCCUCCUUACGUGCAGGGCGGGUAUGCGAUACCAAUGGGACCGAACGGAGUUCCUAUGAUGUACUCUCCUCUCAUGCCUCAGCAAAACAUGCGCAUGAUGGGCGGUCAACACGGUAACUUUGGUGGUUUUCAGCAGCAGGGAUACACUCCUCGCGGGUACUGCCCGCCGCUAAACGGUGGCAUUCCGGGAGCUGGCGUACCAUUCGCUGGCAUGCCUGGAGGUGCAGGUCCUCAACCCCCUCUUCCUCCCUCGUCUGGCAGCGGCAACUCUCCUCAUGGAUCCUCUGCUGAUGGGGCUCCAGCUACCGCUGUGUCUGCGAAGAAUCCGAAAGCUGAUCCUGUUGGUGCAAAAGCGAAGCAAAUGCCAUCAGUUUCCAAGAAAAAGUAG